AUGAAUGUUAAAGAUAUAUCUCAUAGCUCAGGAUAGUCCGGAACCACCGGAUUGCUUUCGACAAAAAAGAAAAAGAAUGCCAUUUAUAUUAAGAAUAUGUAUCUGAUUCGUGAAUGCAUAUAUAAAGGAUAAUUUCACAAUACAUAUAAAGGAUUUAAUAAAAUUAAUAAGUAGCCAGUGAUUAUAAAGAUGAGUAACCAGUAUUAUGACCAUAUUAGCAAUGAAAAUAAAAUGGUUAAGCUACUGAAAGAAGUAUCAUGCACGCCUAAAAUUUUUCAUGUAGGGGAAGAAAAAAUAAAUGGAACUAACUAUUUUGUAAAAAUCACAGAAUCUUAUGGCCCAAGUCUCAAAAUUCUAUUCUCACUCAUGAAAAAUAAUUUAUCUAUAAGUACAAUUUGCAUGUUUGGAAUUGCAAUGCUAAAUGUUCUUGAAGAAAUACAUUCUGUCAAUAUAGUUCACCGUAAUUUAAAGCCAAAAAAAAUUGUCAUUCAUAAUGAUUUAAAAAGCACAUAAUUAUAUCUUAUUGACUUUAAAUAUGCACGAAAAUACAAGCACAAAAAUGGCUAAUUGGUUCGCUAUAAUGAAAAUAAUCGUAUUAUGAAUAAAAUUUUCUGCAACAAAUUCUCUAGCAUUGGUACUCACCUUGGCAUAACUCCAUCUAGAAAGGAUGACUUGGAAUCUCUGGGUUACAUAUUAAUUUAUUUAACACGAAAAGGGAACUUGUUUGGUAGUAAACACUUUAAAACAAGAGAAGAGAAGCUAAAAUAUUAUGAAGAGUAAAAGUUAUCUCUUAUUCCUGAGACUUUGGGAGAUUUGCCUGCUGAAUUUGUAAACUAUUUAAAUUAUAUUAAGUCUAUGAAUAUCAUGGAUCACCCUGAGUACGAUGUUUGGAGAAAAAUAUUUAAGCAGCUAUUCUUAAAAUCUGGUGGAUAACUAAAUGAUUACUAAUUCGAAUGGGCAUUUAAAAUAAAAAAUGAAAUGGUUUCCUAAUAUGGAAACUCUUUUCUUUAGGAUUUAGACACCCCAAACGCUCUUUCAAACAAUUAAAAAGAUGCAAAUUCUAAAUUUUCAUAGAAUUAUAAUGAAAAUGAGGAAAAAAGCAAAGACGUUACAUUGACAACAAAUAAUGCUAAUCCAGAAGAGACCACUGCAUUUCAAACUAGAGAAUUGAAGUAAUCUGAUACUACCAUUAGUGCUCUACCUUAGAAUCAUAAUACUUAGGAAUAGGCUUAGAAUAAUCAGAAUUAGGUUACUAAUGAAGCACAAGAAUCAUUAGGAGCAGGAGUAUCCAAUUACUACUAUGGUCCAGUUGAAAUAGAUAUUACUGAUAUUUAAGCCAAACAAACAAUUUAAAGUAAUAUGACAUUUGGUCAAGACUCUGAAGUUAGAAAUCAAGUAUAGCAAAAUAAUAAUAAUGGUAACAAUGGUUCUAUCAUUGAUAAUUUUAGUAAUUAUAAUAAAAAAUCUUAAUUAUAAUCUUCAUAACAUUUGAAUGCUUCUCAACAUUAAAUUAACAAUUCUAAUUACUCGACUGAUGACUUAAGUAUUUGCGAUGAUGAAACAUAAAAUAGUUUAUACAGUUAGCUUUCACGGCACAAUAAUAUCCUGAUGCAGGAGCCAUUCUUUUUUAAAUUCAAGUAAUAUGAUUGA